CACACCCAUUAGCUUAGUUUCUGGUACAAACGUCAUCCCCCGCAGGUGUUCGUUCCAUUUCAUUGUCUUGCCCUUUGUCGUGACAAGCUUGGGUGGCUUCCAACCCCGCCAGACGUUCACAAUGGUCUUGGACUUUAUUUGAACGUGUGCUAACCUCGCAAGACAUGCCGUAUCGGAGCAUUGCUCACAUAUUUAAGCAGCUUUAGUGAUUAUCACCUUUCUACCCAGGACUCAUCAAGAUGUCGAAUCUCAUGCACAAAGUCAAAGAUGCCUUGACUGGCCAUCACAACAAUUCCAAUUCCCGCAAGGGUCAUAACAAGCCCAGUACCGAUGACUAUAACUCGGGCGGCGGAGAGAGAUAUGGGCCUGGCGAUGGUUCCUAUAACUCUCAGCCCAGCUCUGACAACUAUAAUUCUGGCGACUACGAGCGCAGGACGGACACAUACGAUUCGGGAACCGCUGGGGACUACCGCGGCAGCUACGGAUCUCAGUCUAGCACACACGACUAUGGUAAUACUGGUGGUUUUGGUACUGGCUCUGCAGAUUAUAGACAUGAACCGGAGAGAUACGGUGGCUCAGGAACUGGCUAUGAAUCGCGGGCUAUGGACAGUGGAGCGAUGCAAGAUUUCGGUGGUCGUACAGGAGGCAGCAGCUACAACACCUACAGCCAGGACACUGAAUCUUCUGAGUUCAGCCCUACCACCAGGCUAGACUCUGGCAAGAUGGGAUACCAUUCGAUGGGCCCUGGUGGUACACAGCGGAAUCAAUGGUAGAGGCACUUGCAAGUAUCAUCAGUCUCAUGCAAAGGUUGACUUAUCUAUUACAUGUGUAUGUUGGACAUGUGGUAAUUUAGUAUGUGCGGAAUAGUAAUCG